GUUCUUGUCGGAGUAGCGGACUGCGUGAUUCAGCCUGCUACACUCCCUGUCCGAUCAUUAUUGCGGGCGCGCUCCGAGCACCAACAACGUUUCGGUUUAGGGAUAAUUCCUUCUGAAGCAUGGGACUACUAUUUAUUUGGAGAUGAGAAUAAUCGGAUAAUCAGUACUCGGAAAGUUAUUUUAAUGGAAAGAAAGGGCACAGGAGCAGAUGGACCCUUGAGCCUUAACCUCACCGCUAGCCACCGGAGGCUGAUCAUCCCAAACUACAUUUCCCACCAGCACUUCCCCCUCCUUGCCCAUGUGGCCUAUGGCUCAUCAUCACCAACAUGGGAUAUGGGCAAGUCCUCCACCGAUGCGGAAAUGAGGAAGACCAGGUAUACCUCAACGUGGGAGGUGUCCGGCACGAGGUGGCAGAGGAGACGCUGCUCCGCUUCCCCCACACACGCCUGGGCCGCCUGCUGCACUGCCGGAGUGAGGACGCCAUCCUGGAGCUAUGCGACGACUACAGUGCCGCCGAGCGCGAGUACUACUUUGACCGCAAUCCCCACAUCUUCAUCAGCGUGAUCAACUUCUACCGCACAGGCCGCAUCCACAUCAUGGAGGAGGUAUGCGUCUUCUCCUUCAGCCAGGAGAUUGAGUACUGGGGCAUCCAGGAGCUCCACUUAGGGGAUUGCUGCAGUAACUGGUUCCAGGAGCGCAAGGAGUACAUUGAGGACCGCGACUGGGACAUCCAAAGUGACGACGUGCAGCCGCCCAGCUUGGACUCGUCCUUCGAAGAGCUCUCAGCCAUGGACAAGGACCUGGAGAAGUUCAAGGGGGCGUGGUGCGCCGAGGUGCGGAGCUACGUGUGGAUUAGGCUAGAGGACCCCGGUCAUUCGCUCUCAUCCAAGAUCAUCGCUGUGGCCUCGCUGAGCGUUGUGCUCACCUCCAUCGUGGCCAUGUGCGUCCAUAGCAUGCCCGAGUUUCAGAUCUUGGACGAGAACGAGAGACACAUCGAGGACCCCGUACUGGCCAUCCUGGAGGUGGUCUGCAUCGUCUGCUUCUCGGCCGAGUUCAUCAUCCGAUUGAUCGUAGCCCCCUCCCCAAGGAAGUUCCUCAGCAACACCCUGAACAUCAUUGACGUGGCCUCCAUCCUGCCCUUCUACAUCACGCUGGCCUUUGAGACGGUGGAUGAUGAGAACAGCGAGGAGAACGAGAACCUGGAGAACGUGGGCAAGGUGGUGCAGGUCCUCCGGCUGAUGCGCGUCUUCAGGAUCCUAAAAUUGGCCCGCCAUUCGGUGGGUCUGCGUGCGCUUGGCGCCACUGUCCGCCAUAGCUACCACGAGGUGGGCCUGCUGCUCCUCUUCUUAUCUGUGGGCAUCUCCAUCUUCUCCGUGCUCAUCUACUCAGCAGAGAAAGAGGAGGAGGACACUGAGCUGGGCACCAUACCCAUGGGCUGGUGGUGGGCCACCAUCACCAUGACCACCGUGGGCUAUGGUGACACCUGCCCGGUUACGUUGCUGGGGAAGCUAGUGGCCACCCUGUGCAUCCUCUGCGGCUUGCUGGUGGUUGCCUUGCCUAUCACCAUAAUCUUUAAUAAGUUUUCCAAGUACUACCAGAGGAACAAAGCCAUUGAGGAGGGCCUGUGUCUGAGUCAAAAGGCGUCCGAGAGACAGGACCUGGAGCUCCCUUACCAUAACAUCAGAGACCUCUACGCCCAGAGUCUGGGCGUGUACCCCUUCAUGGGCGGCCUCGCCUUCAAGAACAGUGAGAGUAGCGGUGGGGAUGAUACGGAUGCCUCCAGCCUACAGGACAUAGAGGAGGUGUGUGACACAGACACUCUGGACAAUGGGGCAGCGAAAUAAAGCUUGAGGCUUUAGAAAGCUCAAUACACCUCAAAGGAGCCCUUUAUGGUUCUCAGGGUCAAGCUCUCCAUCGUUAACUCUUAAUAUGUCUUCCUUUCAUGGCUGACUCUAGACUUUCACAACACUGUGGCCAUGUGAUUUUUUAUAUUCUGAUAAAUAUAUCCCUGAACUGAGGGCACAGAUGACUGACUUGGAUCCCCCUUAUAAAGGUUUGAAUGUAAUUCAUCUAUUGGGCCAGAUAUUGCAACGUUGCAUGCGUAUGUUAAGGAAUUUGCAUUAUAUCGUACAGAUUUAUCCGCUCAAAAGUUCAGUAAAGGUUUGCAUAUGCAAAGAAAAACUAAAUUGAUUUGAGAAAAAAAGAAGAGUGAUCAGAUUCCGGGUUCGAUUGAUGUUUCAAUCUCUGCAUGAAUAAAAAGACAAGACAAGUCAUCAAUCAUGGGUAGUGGAUCAUUACUUUGAGACCACAGUUACUGUAGAUAAAGAGACAGAAAUGACCUCUCUCCAAAACCUCUCAUGCUAUAAGCACUGAUGUACAGGUCAUUUGAUUAGAAAGUCAUUGAGACAUUGUCUUCGAGAUAUAUGAUGGCAUGCUAGCUCCCUGGGUUAGGCCGUAUGGACGUACUAAUCAAAUAAAAUCAGACCUGCGAAAGCUGAA